AUGAGAAUAUGGAUCCCGAGUAGGAGUUUACUAUUUGCUGGCCUUCGCGGUCACAGACCGAGGCGCUAUAGCGCUGUUACCAGCGAUGUAGAACGAGUUAAUAUCCGUGUCGGCUUAUCAGGCGAUAUGACCAUUGAUCUACACAAUGUUGCGAAGUCGUCACCACAAAGCCCCUUAUUGGUGUAUCUACCACCAUUUUCAACAGCCUUCACAAAUACACCUGCCAAGUUGCCAAAAUUCAUCCAGGGGCAACCGACAGCUGUGAUAAACUACCGUUGGCACGGCUUCUCUCCCUUCGGAACCAGAAAGGGUGCCGCUCCAGCAUCUACGGGUGAACCGGACAAGGAGGAAUUCUUUCCUAUCUUGACCUGGCCAGCCCCUCUUCAUGACGUUUUAAUAGCUUACAGCUGGAUUGUCGAAAACCUACGUCCAGAUUUUGAUGAGAAACGAGACAUAUACCUCUACGGCUCGUAUCUUGGGGCAUCCUUGGCAAUGUCUCUUGCUCUUACGGAAAGCCAUAUCGAAGAGAAGAUAGCCGUUCGGGGAUGUAUAGCCUUGAAUGGGAUAUAUAACUGGACUAGGUUUCUCCCUGACCAUCCUUUUAACAAUCCGCCAAAGCCAGGCUCAAAGCAAAGUUCGACCUCAAAAACAAUCGUAUCUCGCUCGAACGAUCCGCACUUCCAGGAGCUGAAGCAGCACGCCGAGGCAUUAUUCGUAAGCCCAAGUGGCCUCUUCGACCCGUUUGCGAGCGCUACUCUAUUCUUCUAUAACCCUGGCCUUCUCGUGCCACCAAACUUCACCACAUCCGCCCUCUCCCCCGGAGCAUCGUUCUUAGCGAAUAUAUCUUUACCGAAUGGGGUGACGGGCAAAUCAACGCUAAUCCUCAAGCAUCCUCGCAAACACCCGCUCUUCUUCCCGCCGAGCACAUCCGGGCUAGAAAUCCCCCGGACACUGCUGCUCUAUACUAAGCCGUCCACGUUACCGCCCUCAUCAUUUUAUGAGUACGUGGGGAGAAAGAACGAGGAUAGUUUUCAGACCCAGGCCCAGGAACUGGGAUGGCACAUGCGUUCCAGAACGUUUGAAGGGAUGGUGAAUCAAGAGUUUCCGUUAAAUGAUGCCUAUCACAGCUGGAAGGACGCGGCUACUGGAAGGUUUCAGGUUCAUAAUGUAGGGUCCAGUUCUAGGGACUAUACACUCAAUAGUAAAGGGGAGGAAUUGGCUGCGAUUUGGUUGGAGGAUCAUACUAGUUAG